AAGGAUAUUACUUUUAUUACUUAUCUAUGUAAGAAAAUAAUAAGUACCAUUCUUAAUACUUAUGAGUUCGAUAGGUUGUGCUGUGAAAACAAAGGACCCUGAAGUCUCAGUGACUCAAGGUUUACUUCUUGCUGGUGCUAUCCAUCAGCUACAGUGCCUCUGUUACGGGAUCAGGGGUGAAAAAUCAGCCCUCACUGUGCACAUGCUGUGCUCAUGUUGAGGAGCAGAUGGGGAGUGACCAAACCACAAGACAACUUCCAAAGCUUCUGCCUGAACCGGGCACAUGACAGCUGACCACUUUACAUUAGCAUUUGGAAGUCUCACAGCUACGACUGCUGUCAAGGAAGAAAGGGCAGGACAGGUGCACUUAGGGAGGCUGAGGCAGGUGGAUCACCUGAGAUCAGGAGUUGGAGACCAGCCUGGCAAAUAUGGUGAAACCUUGUAAUUACAAAAAAUUCGUUGGGCAUGGUGGCAGGCGCUUGUAAUCUCAGCCACUUGGGAGGCUGAGGCAGGAGAAUUGCUUGAACCCAAGAGGUAGACGUCGCAGUGAGCGGAGAUCAUACCACUGCACUUCACUCUGGGACACAAGAGAGAAACUCCGUCUCAAAAAUAAAAAAUACAAAAGUCAGGUGUGAUGGCGGGCACCAGUAAUGCCAGCUAUUUGGGAGGCUAAGACAGCAGAAUCGCUUUAACCUGGGAAGUGGACAGCACCGCACUCCAGCCUGGGUGACGGAGCAAGACUGUCUGGAGAGAUAGACAGGAAGCAAGCAAGCAAGCAAACAGCCUUGAAUUUCAUUUACAUUUCUGGCUGAGAGUGCCUCCCAAGAAUAACCGCCUCGAAAUUUAGUACGACGGCAAUCCAGGGCUACCAAAUGAUUCUGGGAAAUGCAGUUCCUACUUCUUCUGCUAGGCAGAGAAAGUUAUCUUUAGCUGACAGCUGACAAGUUGACACAUAAAGACAGCGGUAUUUCAGAUACCGCCCAAGCAGCCUGAAUAUCCCUAAGACAACAGCGAACAUUCCGGAGCGCUUUCUGGAUGUCAGGGACACUUCGUGGGACUUUUUCCACCUCUCUAUGGCAGUUUUUCCUAUUACCGUCAUGGCCCACAUUUCAGAGGAGUGGAGGCCCGGAAAGAGCAAACGACGCGCCCAUUCCCUCCCCGUGCUGUAAUCUGCAUACAUCAUCUUUUAAAACGGACUUCUCAGAGCCCCACCGUUUUGCGCUUCAGGAACAACAGUGAACAUUUAUCAACCCCACCGUUUUUCUACAACGGCCACGUGGCUGGCCAGUGGCUACACGGCCCCCUAUCUUGCCCCUGCUCUGUCACACACAGCGUUUCCAGAACGCGGUCGGGGUGGGCCCCAGGUGAGCUUUGGGAGGCGCCCGGCUGAGGCUCUGCACUGGGGCCCGCGCUUCGGGAAGCAUCUCGCUCGCGUCUCGCGCGCCGCCAGACCGGAGCCUUCGCGAGGCGUGCAGCGGACCCCGCAGGCCGUGAGCGUGGGGCCCGCGCGCAGCCAGGGGCCACCGAGGGCAGACGCUGCGCGGGCAGCGCCCGGGAACCCUCCGACCUCGCGCUCCCCUCGUCCGCGCCCCGACCCCACGUCUCCGGCGGCCCAGCCCGUUCGGCGUCACCGGCUCUGGAGCAAACGGCCCUGCCCGCCGGAGGACGGAGGCCGGCGCAGGACACGACGCACCGGCUUCCGGCUCGGAAGCCCAGAACAGCGCAGCAGCGGUGGCGCGGCCCAGGGCGCAGGCGCGGGCGUCGGUCCCACGGCGCGUCGCCCUCGCUCCAGCCCCGGCGAAUCCCUUCGAAUCCGGCCAACGUCGGGAAAUACCAGCCAAUCACGGCGCGCGCUGCUGACGCCGGCCAAUGGGAGCUCCGGCAGGCGGCGUGGCGACGUCGGCGGCGGGCGGCUUGGAGACGCGGCCGCGGGCGAUGAUGGCGGCUCGGCGCGGGGCUCUCAUAGUGCUGGAGGGCAUGGACCGCGCGGGGAAGAGCACGCAGAGCCGCAAGCUGGUGGACGCCCUGUGCGCCCUGGGGCACCGCGCCGAGCUGCUCCGCUUCCCGGAAAGAUCAACUGAAAUUGGCAAACUUCUGAGUUCCUACUUGGAAAAGAAAAGUGAUUUGGAGGAUCACUCCGUGCACCUGCUUUUUUCUGCAAAUCGCUGGGAACAAGUUUUCGCUCUUGUUACCCAGGCUGGAGUGCAAUGGCGCGAUCUCGGCUCACCACAGCCUCUGCCUCCUGGGUUCAGGCAGUUCUCCUGCCUCAGCCUCCUGAGUAGCUGGGAUUACAGGCCAUUAAUUAAGGAAAAGUUGAGCCAGGGUGUGACCCUCGUCAUGGACAGAUACGCAUUUUCUGGUGUGGCCUUCUCCGGUGCCAAGGAGAAUUUUUCCCUAGAUUGGUGCAAGCAGCCGGACGUGGGCCUUCCCAGACCCGACCUGGUCCUGUUCCUCCAGUUACAGUUGGCAGAUGCCGCCAAGAGGAGCGCAUUCGGCCAUGAGCGCUAUGAGAAUGGGGCUUUCCAGGAGCGUGCGCUGCAGUGUUUCCACCAGCUCAUGAGAGACACGACUGUGAACUGGAAGAUGGUGGAUGCUUCCAAAAGCAUUGAAGCUGUCCAUGAGGACAUCCUUGUGCUCGCUGAGGACGCCAUCCGCACCGCCACAGAGAAGCCGCUGGGGGAGCUGUGGAAGUGACCCCAGGCUGCCCACUGGACGCCUCACCCUGCACGCCCUCACGAGGUGGGAGACCCAUGGAAGGCCCACGUCCCCAGUGGUGCCCACACUCCACGACUUCAGCUCUUUCCUGGAAGCAGAGAUACACAGGCUGCCUCUCCUGCCCCGCAGUUGGGGUGUGGUGGGGACCUUGGUGGUGUGGACACAAGCAGAGCGAUGGAGCAGUCUGCUGCCCUCUCCCUUGUCCUGAUGAUACUGUUGUGUUUUCUUAGUGAUGUUCAGUGGUAACUGAGCAGUUUCAUUGCCAUCAUUGCAAAUGGCAAUCAGUUGGAAUUCUCUCUGAAAUGUCUUCCAGACACUAGUAAAAAUUGACCUGAAAAUUG